AUGCUGCCCCGCCGUCUGCUCGCGGGCGCGCCACUCCGGGCGCGUGUCGCUGCAGCUCGGCACACACCUAGCGUGAAGCCCAUGAGCUAUGCGGCUCGUCAGCGCGCCGAAGAGCUCGACUCGUCGUUCGAUGGUAUGCUCGGCGGCAACACGGCCAAAUUCGAGUCGGUCCACCUGAAACGCUCGUUGCCGUCCUACAAUGUCGAUGACGCCGACGUUUCUGCGGCAGCAACACGGUCCAAGACAAACCAAGACAUCGUGGAGGAGGAAGAGGAGGGCCGUGACGAACGUCGGUCGCCUGCUGCUGUUCUCAGCACCAAGCGCAUUGGUAUGAUCCGACUUCCGGAGGCUCUCGUCGAGAAAAUCGAGGAAGCUAUUGAUGAGGCCGACAGCCCGCGUGACAUUCGCAACGCGUACCUCCAUCUUCUUGAGCCCACCAAAGAGAAGGCAGACAAGGCCGACCGCAAGAAUUCACCCGAGCACGCUCUGGCUCGUGCGGCUGCCUUUCUGCCCGCGCAGUACGCGGUGACGCGCAACGUCAUGGCAGAGUUGAACAGCCGUUUGGGUGGCGGCUUGACGGGUCCCAUUCUUGAAGUGUCGGGUACCAUCGGCCCCGGUCUCUGGGCCGCUGUCGAGACUGCUGGCCCUGAUGUCGCUUCAGAGUACGCGCUCGUCCACCGUACUCGUCACGGUCUCGCUCUCGCCGAGCGCUUUGCCCAGCCCAUCGACCAGCCCAUGCAGUUCAAGCGUGACAUUGUCGAGGUCGAGCUCUUGAGCACCCCGCAAGUGGCCUUGAGCUCGUUUGUGCUCACCACUCUGCCCAAGCCGAACAACCGUCAAACCCACCUCCGCCAGCUCUUGUCAUUCAACGCCGACCACCUGGUUGUUCUCGAGCGUGCCGGCAAGGAGUCGUGGGAGGUCAUGAAGGAGGCCCGCAAGUUCAUCCUGUCGCAGAGCACCGAUGAGAACCCCCUUCACAUCACCGCCCCUUGCCCGCACGAGGAGGGCUGUCCACGCACCGAGGGCAAGGAGGCCUGUAUGUUUGUGCAGCGCGUCCAGCGUCCUGGCUUUGUCCGCAAGACCAAGCACGGAAAGCGUGGCGAGGAGGACAUGUCCUACACCUACCUCAUCGUGUCCCGUGGCAAGCGUCCGCAGGCGGACGCCUCGUCGGUCGGCCGCAUGGGAGCGGUGGCGAAGGAGCACAUCACAAACCUUAUCGCAAAGUCCGAGGGUUUCACCGAGCUGCACGAGGUCGAGGGCGGCGACGGCUUUGAGAUGCUGUCCCUUAACACGAACGACAUCCAGAUCGAGUCUACCGGCGGGCCACAAGAAGAAGUCGACGAGCAGCUCCGCGCCGAGGCAUACUCAUGGCCCCGUCUCCUCGCCCCCGUCAUGAAGCGCAGCGGCCAUGUCGUCAUGGACGCGUGCACCGCCGAGGGCAACGUUCAGCGUUGGCGCGUGGCCAAGUCUCACGGCAAGCAAGAGUACUACGACGCGCGCAAGCUCAACUGGGGCGACCUGUAUCCACACGCCAUCAUGGGCAAGACUGAGAUUCGCGACCGCGGUGUCCGCCGACUCGCCAAGGAGCAAGUCGAGGUCAUUGACGACUUCAGCGCGUUCUACGCCGGGCUGGAGGAAAAUGCGACUGAGGACAAGAAGCCGCAGCCCCCGCCAAAGGAUCCGCUCAUCGCCGCGCUCGAGGAGGUUGAGCUGGGCGAUGGGUUUGAUUCACCCGAGGUCGUUGCCAACGCCAAGGCAGCAAAGACAAAGAGAAAGGCAAAGGCCACCCGGGCCCAGACUGAGGCUGAAGCUGAGGCUGCGGCCGAGGCUGAGGCGGAUGCCGUCGAGACCAACGCAAAGCCACUUCCCGUCGGCUUUUUUGAGUUAUCACCUGCGGGCAAAAAGGCCCUUGAGGAGAACAAUGCCCGUUGCGACGAGUUGCUCAGCACCGACGCGUCAUGGCGCAAGUUUGUCUUGGAGCUUCCCCAGGAUAUGAUCGACCAAAUGUACCCCGAGGGCCUCCCCCCCUUCAAAGGUACUGACGAGGAGUUCGAGAACGCAAUUCCGGUACACAAGCAAUGGCAGGAGUCGGUCCGUAAGAGCCGUAGGGGCCGUAGCCACAAGAAUAGGCGCCUCUUUUCGACGUCGGCCGUCGCUCGCAAGCCGGAGGACGACGUGGACGAGGACUGUGCCGUCGGUGAGGGCGGGUUCUCCCCGCACUCUCUGGGCGAGCCGAGGUUCCGCGAGGGACCCGACGACAUCGCCGAGGACAUUGACGAGGACUGCGCUGUUGGAGAAGGCGGAUUUUCGCGUUCAUCCUUGAGCGACCCGGACGACACCCGCCCUAUGAGCAAUGUGGCGUACCAUUCGCCUAGACCUACGCGUCCCACUGGCCCCAUCUCCAAGGACAAGGACGCCGAUGCGGCGUCUUCGCUCGAAGGCGGUUUCUCGGCGUCGUCUCUUUCAGACCCCAAGUUCCGCAACGUUGAAGAGGUUGACGAGGACGUUGACGAGGACUAUGCCAUGGGCGAGGGUGGCUUUUCGCGCUCGUCGCUUUCGGACCCGGACUAUGAGCGUGCCAAGGGCGCUGCCUCUUACGAGUCGCCUCGUCCAUCCCGUCCCACCGAGCCCAUCACUGCUUCUACCGAUUUCCGCGCAGCCACCAUGAAGCGUCCGUGGACCUCUGCUCUGGCCGACCCUCCCAUGCGUACCAACGACUCGCCCGCUACUGCUCCCGGCCGCACCCCCGUGUCCAAGGUUGACCUGGAGGAAGUGGACGAGGAGUGUGCGUUUGGUGACGGCGAGUUUUCGCGUUCGUCGCUCUCCGACCCAGACUAUGACCCACCUACCGGCACGUCUUACAAGUCGCCUCGCCCGACCCGGCCCGACGGCCCCAUUCACAAGGACGAGGAUGCCGACGCUGCGUCGUCCGGUGAAGGCUCGUUCUCGCGCUCCUCGUUCUCGGACCCUCCUGUGCGCGGUAGCAGCAGCAGCAGCAGCCAGCAGAAGCGUGGGUUCUCGACCCUCCAGAAGCGCGGUUUCGCCACUUCCGCUCGCGUCAUGUCCGUCCGCCCCGCCGACCUCAGCGGCAGGGCAAAGGUCAACGUCGGCGAGCUGCACGCCAUGCACAAGGCCGGUACCCCCAUCACCGUCUUGACAUGCUACGACUACCCCACUGCCCUCCUCAUCUCGCGCGCCAACGUCGACGUUGCGCUUGUCGGCGACUCGCUGUCGCAGGUUGUUCUCGGCCACGACUCGACCACGCAGUUGACACUUGAGGAGAUGGCCCACCACGUCCGUGCCGUCGCCCGCGGCGCUCGCCAUGCCUUUAUCAUUGCCGAUAUGCCCUUUGGUUACGCCAACGCGUCGGUCAACGACGGCGUCCGUGCUGCCGUCCACCUCAUCAAGGCCGGCGCCGACGGCAUCAAGAUUGAGGGCGGCAAGGAGAUGCUCCCCCUCAUCCGCCGUCUGGCUGAGACUGGCGUGCCCGUCAUGCCCCACAUUGGUCUCCAGCCCCAGCGCGCCGCCGCGACGGGCUACAAGGCACAGGCGCGUUCAGCCCUCGCUGCCGUCGAGCUCCUCGACACGGCCAAGCAGUGCGAGGAGGCCGGCGGGUUCGGGCUCCUCCUCGAAGCGAUCCCGCACCAGAUCGGCAAGAUGAUCACUGAGCGCAGCGGUAUCCCCACUAUCGGUAUCGGUGCUGGCAACGCCACGUCGGGCCAGGUCCUCGUCCUCACCGACCUGCUGGGCACGUACGACCAGCAGCAGGAUGACAACUGCUCGCACCCGCGUUUUGUCCGCCAGAUGGGCAACGCGGGCCGCGAGUCGCGCAGGGCCGUCGACGAGUAUGUCACCGAAGUGCGCGCGAGGAGUUUCCCCGCAACGGGCAAGGAGACGUACGGAAUGCCCAAGCUGGAGCUCGACGAGCUCAACAACAUCGUCAACACUGAAUCCCCUGUACCAACUACACCAUAG